UGGAGAAUGCCGGUAUUGGCCCCUGCAAAUCCAAACAGUUUCGCCUUCCCUUACGCUUCAAGGUUUAAUGCAAUCGGGUUGGAUUACACCAAUACGCCUUUAUCCAAAAUCAUUUUUUACCGCCAACUAUUAGAUCGACUUGGACCCCAAGAUUUUAUUUGGAGACCUUACUUGGAAUUGGAUCACGUACCCGACCUUGACGAGGCGGCUAUUUGGACGACAAAAUCACCCAUCAUACGGUUCACCACUGUGGAGAUGCACCAAAGUGACCGUGUGAAGCUCCAAUUCGGCAUGCAUCAAGGUAUCCCUGACCCACCUGAACCUGACUGUUUGGGACGUUGGCAUCUGGCGAAGGUUAGCGAACAGUGGUACGUAGAAAAUUACAAGACGUUUGCUAUAGAUCAGCGUAAAAUAUGGGCUCGUCGUUCCAAAUAUGUUCUAGAAUUUCCUGUGGCGCCGCAAGAAAUGAAGCCAACUGUUGAAUAUGUCAACUGGUACAGAUCGGUCACAAAUCCUGAAAUGAUUGUGUCUGCCCCUUUCUAUUUAGCUGACCCGCGAGCACAACCUCCAUAUUUUGGAGGACAACAACAACCACCACCAAAUUACCACCACCAACAACAACAACCACCACCACCAAAUUACCAACAACAACAACAACCACCGCCAAAUUACCAACAACAGCAUUACCCACGGCAACACCAACAACAACAACAAAGUUACCACCAACAACCAAUCCAACCACAAACACCUUUUUACCAACAACAUUCCCAACAAUACCACCAGUUUUUUCCAUCCCAAACUCAACCACAAAAUCAAGAAUUCCAUGCAGGGAGCUCUUCCAGAUCACAUUUCCAAGAAUUCCAUGCGGGGAGCUCUUCAAGAUCACCACCAAUAACCCCCGACAUGGGCAUAGAAGAAGAAUACCCGCAAUACACCACAUUCGACCAACCAACGUCACAGUACACCAACCAACCAUUUGACCUCAACACACCACCACAACCAUUGUAUUUUAACCAAACCGGAUCCACCACCAACUUCCAAAACUUCCAGGCCGCACCCACUAGGAGAAAUUUCAACCCGCCUAGACAAAGCUUUGACAGCGCCGCGGGCACCCGCCUAUCCUAUGGAGGGAAUUCUAGAGGUCAAGGACGGCCCACAGAUUUUGAAGACCCAGAUUUCAUUGAGGGGCCGUCGAGUCAAAAUCUCGGUAACUCGUGGCCUAAGUUUGUGCAGUUUGUGUAUUGGUCUAUACAAGAUGGUGCCAAUAUAGAUGUUUGGUCUUAUUGUCAGGUUGAACCAGCAUUUAAAGGACCUAUUGGAUCAACAUGGUCAAUGUAA